AUGAUUCUUGACUCUUACGACCCUAUGACCCUCUUCUUCCACGUCGUAUUCUAUCCUAUUGUUCUUGCUUUUCAUCUCCUUCUCAUUAUAAAUAAUUGCAGGAUUAAUCGAUGCUGGUGGUUUGGUCGCACACCUUCUACACUGUGGGAUAGAGAUCCUCUCCCAUUGUUUCUGCUAAGGUACAUUUCAUUGAUUUCUCGAUCAUAUGUCUACUUCAAUAUCUCACACCUCUGUGUCUCCGUGUUUGCAAUUGCAGGUAAACAAAGGGCAUGUGCAUUCAGAGACUCUUAUGAAAAAUUCAAGAAAGCAGGAGCCCAGGUUAUCGGGAUUAGUGGUGAUGAUGCAGAAUCACACAAGGCAUUUGCAAAGAAAUACAGACUCCCAUUUACCUUGCUGAGUGAUGAGGGUAAUAAAGUCAGAAUAGAAUGGGGAGUCCCUUCUGAUCCUUUUGGAACAUUGCUUGGUAGUCAGAAAAGAAUGUUGGAUGUCCAUUUAUCAGAUUCAUUUGUUAUACCUUUAUCAGAUUCAUAG